GAUGCUUCUGGUAAUCUGCCUUCCCACAUCCCGACCCUGCAUGCCCCCGUUCCAAUGCCGGCCGAUCCUCAUGGUUUCCUGGCUUCGUUGAUGAAGGGUGAUUCCCAUCACGAUCCGUCAAGACAAGAGGUGUCGCAGCCACAAGCUGCAGCCAUCAAAUGGAACCAAGUACCAGGUCCUACCGAUGAUACUCAAGCCUACCUUCUCAACUUGCUACAGCGCAAGAAGCCGUCCCAAACAGACCACCCCUCGACGAACGACUCCAGUCAACACGCUGCUUUGACCCCGCCGUCCACCACGCAAGGUUCGUCGCGCGACCAUACGAGAGACCUCCACUUGAGCUCCAAUAUCUUUGGACACUUGGACCAGUCUUACGCUGCUCCCUCGCCCCCGACUAAUCCCAAUUACGCCUCUCCAGCUUCCCAGAAUGGUAACUCCCGCAAAACCAUGUUCGAUUACAAGGACCCGUUCGACGAUCUGAUCGAGGCACCUUCGCCUCACAACCGUACUCCAAAGUCUGUGACGUCGGGCCACCUUGCUUCCGGUGCCGUGCCUCCCAGCUUUCAGAUCCUGAAGAAGGCUUCGAGCGCUGCUUCUUCUCCCGGUGCGCCCGACCACAAACGUCUUAGCUCGCGCCGAAGCCCUGUCAUGACCCCAGAGCACGUUGCGCUUGCCAACUUCGAGGCAUCUCGAUACAGCAGCAACGGCUCGGCCGCGUCAAAGAAGGAGACUGUGUCGAACGCCAUUGAAAACCUCGCUGGCGUGGCCGACGAGGAGGCCAAAGAAGCUGUAGCCCGCGCUGAACACGAGGAGGCAGAAGCCAGGAUUGCUCGAGAGCUUGAAGAAAUGAUGGCUGCUAAGAGUGGCGAUGAAUUUGAGCGCAAGUCCGAGAUUGUAGCCCGAGACAUUCAGCACGAGCUCGAGAAGGAGGAAAACGCCGGCCUUCUUGAGGAUUCUCUGCCACCGGAGCUGGCACAGGCUGUCCAGGAUAUCGUCGACGACGCGGCUAAUACCCAGCCCGCCCUCGCCGACAGCUGGGAGAGCGCUGAGGCUGAUGAGAUUGUCGUUAUUGAGGAAGUCUCGUCUCCUGUCCGAGUCUACAAUUUCCCAAUGAAACCUUGGAUUUCAAUCACUCUCCAGGAUAACGACGAGCCUCGUCCCCAAUUCCGUGAUGAGGUUAUUUUGGAUAUUGCACGUGUCAAGAAGGAGUUUGACCAGAUUGACCGUAACCUUGUGUCCGCAACGGAGACCUACAUCAUCUAUGGCAUGUCCAAGGCCGGUGGUCUUCGUGUCAUUCGCCAAGAUGACGGACGGGAUGCCAAGCUAUUUACUGAUACCAAGGAUCGUAUCUUCAAUGUCUCGGUCUCUUCAACACCUGCCGAUUUGAACUCUGCCCACAAAGAGUCUAUCAUUGGUACCGGUAUCAGUGGUACCGUCUACUACACGCUGAUCAAGAACGGUGACAAGGAUUACCUGGACGAUGCACACCCUGAACAGCAUGGCUUUGCUCUUCCACCCGUCAGCACUCAAGAAGGAGACGCCCCUGGAGGUGUUCUCAAGACCCGUGCCAGAACUUCAUCCACUCACCCGGAGUACUUUGCUGUUGGUCGUGGAAAGACGAUCAGCAUUAUCUGGCCGUCUUACAUUAUGCAGCACAACCUCUUUAAACCUGGACAUGACCGAGUCGUCGAUACUGAAAGACUUUCGAAGCAGUGCUCGCUGAGGAUCAACACCGGUAAGGCCGGCAAGGACUUCACCUUCAGUCAGGAUGACACCACUAUCGUGUCUCUCGACAAGUCAGGCCGCGUCAAGUUCUGGGAUGUCCGGGACUUGACUGCCGCUGCUGAAGGUUCGGAUCCAAGAUUCCCAACUCCCGCACAAACUUCUCUGGAGGUGAAGGAGCCGCUCAUGACGCUCACAACGACCCCCGAGAACGAGAAAGCGUGGCCAACCUCUGUUAUACUGCUGGAUAAGCAACGGCCGUAUCAGAAGCGUUGUGCCUUGCGGUACAUGAUUGUGGGCAUGAAGCAGAACCAUACUUUGCAGCUCUGGGAUCUUGCUCUCGGCAAGCCGGUGCAAGAGUUCAACUUACCCCAUUCCAAGGAGUCUGAUGCAGUUUGUAGUGUAAUGUAUCAUCCGCCUACUGGCAUGAUCGUCGUCGGCCAUCCCACCCGAAACUCUAUCUAUCUCCUUCACCUGUCUGCGCCUAAGUACACGAUUAAGGGUCUGUCUCAGGUUGACUUCAUUCAGAAACUUGUUGCCAGAGAUUCGUCUAUCCCAGAGCCCGAUUCUACCGCCGUCAUUAGUGGUGUACGCGAGUAUUCCUUCUCUAACAAGGGAGUGAUACGAAGUUUGGACAUGCUGUGUCACCCUGCGGCAAGCACUGAGGAUGAUGAACAGACCCUCUUCGAGCUCUAUGCGAUGCACUCGAAGGGCGUAUCUGGUAUCUGCGUCAAACAGCACGAGCUCGGCUGGACAAAGGACAAUAAGGUUGUCGCCCCUGUCGAUGCUCUUGAGACUGGCGUCGUGAAGAUCACCAAGUUGAAGGAGCUCCCGGCCGCCCAGCCCACCGAAGUUCCACCCACAGAGGAGUCCGUGUCGCUGCCUAUUCGUACCGCUGGUCGCGCAUCGAAAGAUAAGGAGAAUGCACAAACAACCUCUGGUGAUGAUGUCGGACGCAAGAUUGCUGAUGAUGUUGCUCUCUCUGUUCUCCAACCCGAGCGCAAACAAGCUGAGCCUCCUGCCACUCCUCUCAACCAGGAGAAGGCAGAACGCAGAUCCCGCAAGAAGAAGGACAAAGCAGCUGCGGCCGCAGCUGAGAGAGCUCUUCUCGCCGAAAAUGGAUCCUCGCAAUCCGCGCAGAAGAACAUUGAGAUGAAGCCUCCUACCCAGGCACAACCAUCCAUGUCUGCCGAGUCUCUUCAGGCUGCUGUCAAGCAGGUGGAAACCACUGUCAGCAAUGCCAUUGAGCAGGCUAUGAAGGAGAACCGCCAGAAGGUCGACAGUGAGCUUCGUGGUCGCGACAACGCAUUCAAGAAAAGCCAGCAAAACCUGCUCGAUUUUGUUUCCAAUUCUCUCGAUACCAAUGUGCAGCGAGUUUUGACAGCCACCAUUACGGAUCAGAUUGACACUCGAGUCCUUCCUGCCCUUGAAGAGGCAAUGCGCGCAACCGUAACAGAGCAGAUCAGCCGCACUGUUUCAGAUCAGAUCGACGCCAAAAUUGGAGGACGAGUUUCGCACGCUGUCCAAAAUCAAAUGCAGAAGCUCCUCCCCAACGCAGUCGGACAAGCGCUGCUAAAGCCGGAUUUGACCAAGGCUAUUACCAAGCAGGUUUCUGAAGGACUGGGCGAUGCUGUUUUGAAGACUUUCCAUGACGCCCUUCAUGACACCGUCGCACCAGUCUUCAGCAAUAUGGUUGUUGCUGCCGCCGAUACGAUGAUUCUCGAUAUCAGAAAAUCAGCUGCCUCUCAGAUUGAGGAAUUGGAACAGAAGAUACACGCCGAUCACAACAAGAUUGAUCAGCUUACAGACAUGGUGACCCGCCUGUCCGAGACGGUUGUUACAAUGUCCAGAAACCAGGCCGAGUUCCAAUCGCGUUAUGAGAAAGCCCAAGAGGAACUUGUCCGCGAACGUCAGUCGCAGAGCCACGCUCACGGUCAAAAACAGGUCCAGCAUCCUCAACAAGGCCACCAACAGCAGCCCAGUUUUGGUGCCAGCCAGAACUCUUCUCGGCAUCAAGCAUAUGCCAGCCCUUCUGCCCAUUCCGGUAACCAGGUCGUUGUUCAUGAUCAUGGUUCCACCGACCAGGUCCUCGAUCGCCAAUUGGCCGAACUCGCCAAUCAAGUCGACAAUGGAGAACUUGAGGGUGCUCUUGUUCGAUGGCUCCAGUCCGAUCGUAAGGAAGAAAUCUUUGGCCACUUUUUUGCCAAACUCGAUGCUCGCAUGGUGCGCAACGUCUCCCCUCUCGUGGGUCUAGCCGUUAUUGCCGAGCUCUCCCGUGAUUUGAACACUCGUUACCUUCGUGAGAAGAUCUUCUGGAUGUCAUCUGUUGUCGGAGGACUCAGUGAUGCCUUACCAAACAUUGACGGUCAGGUUCACGAGGUGAUCCCAAACAUCCUGAGUGGUUUCAUCAGCCAGAUGGAGAGCCUCUACGGCCGCGUUAUGACCCAAUUGCCAGGCGGCGAUCCCAUCUUGAAGCAUAUUUCAUCGACCGUCAGCAAUGCUAGGCGAGUGAUCGAUGCU